AUGACGGCUCAAGUGAGCCAGGAGGUUGUAGCUCCAGUGGAUCCGAUAAUGAGUAUGGCUACUUUGAAAGUGAGAGAUUUUGUGAGGAUGAACCCUCCAGAGUUUUAUAGCUCUAAGGUGGGAGAGGUGCCUCAAGAGUUUAUAUAUGAGGUCUCUAAGAUGUUGGACUUUGUGAGAGUGACUCCGGUAGAGAAGGCAGAGUUGGCUUCUUAUCAACUCAAGGGGGUUGCUCAAGUUUAUGACCUCCAAAUUGAGGAAGGGAAAAUUGAAGAAACGUUGAGGGAGAGGAAGAGGUUGAGGAUUGAGGAUGAAAAUUCUUCUCGGACAAGGUGUGAUAAGAGACAUUCGGGUAAAUGCUUAGUGGAUUCCAAUACUUACUUCAGUUGUGGUGAGUCGGGCCAUAAGAUAAGGCAUUGCCCUAUGGUUGCUAAGAAUGUAAGGGAUAGUCAUCGUAGGUCUCAGCCUUAUCUUUCAUCCGGUCCUACUGGUACAACUGCUAGUGCUCCAUAG